AUAAAAUUUAGAUCGAACUGAUUUUAUCUAGUUUAGUUUUGCGUCGCUUAAAUGAGUUUCAAAUCUUAAAUUAGACGGUUCAUUAUUAUUGUUAAAUUCCAGUGAGAGGAGGAGCUACCACUGCAUAGUGCAAACCCCUUCUUAUUUUCGGCAUUUCAUCGCCUUGCUUUUUGAUCUCGAUUCCUCUCCGUCUCUGCCCUCGUCGUCCGAUUCUGGUUCUCCUCUUCUUUCCCUGGGUGCGAUCUCUGGUCCUGUGUUAGGGUUUCCAGUGUCCUCCGAGCUGGCUCAUAUCCAGCGUGAGCUCGAGCUUACAGAGUCAGAUCGAGGCGAAGUGAGCGACGAAUCCUCGGCGGAAUUGUUUCAUUGAAAGUCCAAAAGCUCCGGCUGCUUCGUAUAAAAUAUCUUGACUGGAUAAAGGCCAGAGGAUCUCGUUCGAACAGGAUCCGUUCAGCUACUGGACCUCCUUCAACUAGAAGCCCAUCUCUUCUGAAUUCUACCAAUUAGAUUGAGGCUUUUAUGUGAGGCAAGCCAAGCUCCUACUAAUGACUUGGAAUUUUCUGCUAUAGUGGCCUCUAUUUUGUAAUCCUCAAGCAAACGAGGAAUUUCAGUCAAAAUGCCUACGUUGUGGGGGAAAUUUUCAUCUAAAGAUGCGAAAAAGAAGACGGUGAAAGAAAAUUUCAUUGAUACAUUGCAUCGUUUUAUAAGUCCAUCUGAGCAUAAAGAAGGCUCAAGAAGGAUUGAACGGCAUAGCAGCCAUGCAAUUUCAGAGAAGAACUGCAGAUCCAGUUCAAAAUCACAAUCUACAUCACCCUCUUCACAAGUGUCUCGCUGUCAGAGUUUUGCCGGUAGGCCAAAUUCCCUACCACUCCCUCUUCCAGAUAUAAAGUCAGGCAUUACUCGCACACCCUCUGAAGUUCAUAAUCCAAGACCAAUAUUGGAAAAACGUGGAAAACCACCAUUGUGUUUGCCACUUCCAAAGCCUCAUCGCAUUCCAAAAGGACUUGAUGAUUUUGAUGGAGAAUUGGCUACUGCUUCGGCUUCUAGUAAUUGCUCGAUUGAUAGCGAUGAUCGAUGUGAUUCUCAACUUCAAAGUCCUGUAGGCAAUGACCUUGAAAAUUCCAACAAAAAUAUUGUAGAUAACCAUUUCAGUUUGCUGCAAAAGGAUCAGUUUUCUCCAAGGAAAAAGUGCCCAAGAGAGAUUGCUAAGCCAACAAAUUUUAUAUUUGGAAACCAAACAACAUCUUCACUCAUGUGGGGUGUUCCAAAUAGUUAUCGGUCUAAUAUGCAAAUUUCUCAUAACAGUGCUAUAGGAAGUGCCCCAGAUAGUUCUAUGUCAAGUCCUUCAAGAAGUCCUAUGAGGGUUUUAUGUCCUGACCAGGUUCCAAUAUCAGCAUAUUUACCGACAAAGACUGUUAAUGAUGUAACAUUCAAUGGAUCUGGCCAGUGCUCAAGCCCAGGCUCAGGACAGACAUCUGGGCAUAAUUCUGUAGGUGUAGAUAUGCUGGGGCAGUUUUGGCAACAUAGUAGAGGUAGUCCAGAAUGUUCUCCCAUACCUAGCCCAAGAAUGACAAGUCCUGGUCCGAGUUCUAGGAUACAUAGUGGAACUGUCUCUCCACUUCAUCCACGGGCAGGAGGAACUGCACCAGAAUCACCUACAGGUCGAAAUGAUGAUGGAAAAAAACAACGUCAUAGAUUGCCUCUCCCACCAAUAAAUGUUUCUCGCAAUUCUCCUUUCUCUCCAAGUAAUUCAGCUGUUACUACGCCAAUAUCUCGUAGUCCUGGAAAGACAGAAAAUCCUGCAAGUCCAGGAUCACGGUGGAAGAAGGGAAAAUUGAUUGGUUGUGGUACAUUUGGACAUGUUUAUGCCGGUUUUAAUAGUGAGAGUGGUGAAAUGUGCGCAAUGAAGGAGGUUACCCUCUUCAUGGAUGAUGCCAAGUCAAAAGAAAGCGCAAAACACUUAGGGCAGGAAAUAUCUCUUCUGAGUCGGUUGCAGCAUCCAAAUAUAGUGCAGUAUUAUGGUAGUGAGAUGAUUGAUGACAAACUUUACAUUUACCUCGAAUAUGUUUCCGGCGGUUCAAUACAUAAACUCCUUCAGGAUUAUGGCCAAUUUGGUGAGCCAGCAAUUCGGAGCUAUACUCAGCAAAUUCUUUCUGGACUAGCAUAUUUGCAUGCUAAAAAUACUGUUCAUAGGGACAUUAAAGGUGCAAAUAUAUUGGUAGAUCCAAAUGGCCGUGUUAAGCUUGCAGAUUUUGGAAUGGCAAAACAUAUUACUGGACAAUCAUGUCCCUUAUCAUUCAAGGGAAGCCCAUAUUGGAUGGCUCCAGAGGUCAUCAAGAAUUCAAAUGGAUGUAACCUUGCGGUGGAUAUUUGGAGUCUAGGGUGUACUGUCUUGGAGAUGGCUACAUCAAAACCACCUUGGAGUCAAUAUGAAGGGAUUGCAGCAAUGUUCAAAAUUGGAAACAGUAAAGAGCUCCCAAGAAUCCCUGAUCACCUCUCUGAUGAUGGCAAGGAUUUUAUAAGGCAUUGUCUUCAGCGUGAGCCAUCUAACCGUCCUACAGCUUCUGAGCUUUUGCAGCAUCCAUUUGUGAAAAAUGCAUCAUCAAUUGAGAAAUCCCCAAUUUGUUCUGAACCUUUAGAAUGGCUAGAUGGCAUUUCAAGUGGAGCAAAUAUAAAGAUAACUGGCCAUGUGAAAAAUUUGUCUUCUCUGGACAUGGAAGGAAUGUCAAUCAAUCACAUAAGAGGUGGAAUACCUACUAUAGCAACAAGUGAUGUUCCUAUCAGAUACUUAUCUUGUCCUGUCUCUCCAAUGGGAAGCCCUCACUUGAAUUCCAGAUCUCCAUGCCAUGCGAGGGGAAGGAUGUCUCCAUCUCCUAUUUCAAGUCCUAUAGCCACCUCAGGUGCAUCUACGCCUCUGACUGGUGGCAAUGGUGCUAUUCCAUUCAGCCAAUCAACGCAGCAUGUUAGUGAUCCUGAUGGUUUCACUAGUUUGUCAAAAUGCAAAACUGAUAUAUAUCUCAGCGGGACUACCUACCAUGAACAAAAGCUCAAUCUUUUAGCUGGAAUGCAGCAAGGCUCACUGAAAGUUUGGGAAAGAAAGACAUCAAAAACUGACAUACUCAGCACUCAGUUUGGUAGGCUGAGACACGGCAAUUUACGGGAUCUUCAUAAGAAGCAAUCUGAUCGUCUGCCACCUCAGUCCUUGAGAGAUCAAAUGAAGCUUAAACCUUCACAAAAUCCCAGUUCAGGUCUUCCAGACUCCUGACUCUGCAAAUGCUACAUGACUGACAGAAACGAUCAGCCAGAUCGUUUUUUUUUGUGUUGGUUCUGGCAUGCUUUAUCAGUCCCAAUUUCAUCCAAAACUAAUUUAUUUGCUAAGUAUGGAAGUUGCAACUCUACAAUCAUUCUUUGUUCUUUGGAGACCUGGGCAGGGGAUUCAAGUUCCAACCUACAAUGCUGUCUGUCAAAUUUCAUACUGUGGAGUAGCAGAUUGAUGCAGUGAUUAUAUUGAGGAUGCAAUCAAUUUAUUAGGAAGAGUAAAAGGCCAAGCAACGUUUGGGAAAGUGGAAGCUUGGAACUCAACUUGUGCAUAUAGUUAGGAUAUUUGUAUAAAGGCUGAUCCCCCACAUUGUCCAACAUUUUGGAUCAUAAAAUUUAUUACACUGAGACUGCAUCAGUUGGGAUAUACAAUUGCUGUGUUUCUGAAUUGUGAGACGGAUGAACGAUUAUGAGUGCAGUAUCUAUAUAUAUGUUUACAAUUGGAAAAAAAGAUAUUUUAAUCACUAGUUUGCAUGUAAAACAUGAACAUUGUACUUUUAUGGACUUGGCUGUUAAUAACUUAUUUUUAUCUUUCAGUAAGAAAGUUAUAACAUCAACUUUUGACAUUUCAACAAAA